UUGAUUAUUUCAAUAACUGUACAAAAUCAUUUUUAUUGUGUUAAAUCAUGUAGUUACUGUUUGUAAAUCUAUUUUUUAGACAUGGAAAACUGCAUAAAAUGCCCUGAAGAUGAGUGGUCCAAUGAGGAUAGAAAUGAGUGCAUCAAGAAAACCAUUGUCUUUCUUUCUUAUGACGAACCUCUGGGUUUCAGUUUAGCAAUCUUAGCAAUUCUUUUAUCAAUCACAACAUCUCUAGUCCUUGGAAUCUUUAUCAAGAACAGACAAAGCCAGGUCGUAAAAAACAACAAUCUUGAACUUAGUUACAGUCUUCUCCUGACACUUAUACUAUCCUUUCUCUGCACCUUGCUCUUUAUAGGACGACCCAUGAAGGUGACCUGUUUGCUAAGACAAGUUACUUUUGCAAUCAUAUUUACCAUUAGCAUCUCAUCUGUUUUAGGAAAAACUGUGACCGUACUGAUUGCCUUUAAUGCUGUAACACCUGGAAGUAUGUUGAAGAUCUGGGUUGGAAAAAGAGUUCCGAGGUGUCUUGUUCUUCUUUUAUCACUGGGAGAGGUUAUGAUUUGCAUAGUGUGGUUUCUACAUUGCCCACCAUUCCCUGAUUAUGAUGCUAGAUCUCAAAAAUCUGUGAUGACCUUGAAGUGUAAUGAAGGUUCUGCUGUGGCAUUCUACAUUUCAGUAGGAUACAUUGGAAUGCUAGCCUCUGUAAGCUUCUUUACAGCUUAUCUUGCCCGCAGGUUACCCGACAGAUAUAAUGAAGCUUCACACAUCACUUUUAGCAUGUUGGUGUUCUGCUGUGUGUGGAUCGCUUUUAUUCCAACAUACUUAAGCUCCAAAGGCAAAUACAUGGUGGCAGUAGAGAUAUUUGCUAUUCUUUCUUCCAGUUCUGGAUUGUUGGGAUGUAUAUUUCUACCUAAGUGUUACAUCAUCCUUUUAAAACCUGAAAGAAAUAUCAGGAUGAAAGGUUUUUAAAAUAAACCAACAUUACUUAAUUAAAUUACACUUUCACAUUUUGCACAAUAUAUUUAUUUUACCCUGUCAUUUUUCUUGGUGAUUCUGGUAGAUCCCCAUCUCUCCCAGAUUUCCUUUUUUGU